UAUCAAUCGAGUCGAUUGAUACAAUUGUGUUUAAUAGUUAUUAUUUUACUGUUUUACGAGCGAUUUCAUUUGACUUGAUUCAGUGUGUUCAGGCUAAUCCUUCUUCUUUCGAGAUUUGAAGCACUCACAAGCAAACACACUUCCAGUGAUUUCACGACAUUUAACAAUAACAACCGAAUAAACUUCAUGAUAUUAGUGAUAAUCUUCGUGCAGUGAAGUGUCAAAAGUGCCAGCCACGAUAAUAAAUAACAAGAACAACCACGAAGAACCAAGAAUACUCUCCAUAAGGAAAUGAUUAUCUAUUCGCUAUUCGAUUUCGAUCGAAGGCAACAUAACCUAACCUAAGAAGACGAUCGAGGAUAAUCCUUCCUCGACCCAAGAUAUUCUCCUCCAAGUGUCCAAUGGUUCUUCGAGGACUGGUCGAACAUCAUGCUCGAUCUCUUCUGCAUCUCGGUGCCACUGCGGCUAGUAUAGAAUCGAUCACAGGACACGACAAAAGAAAGCAUAGCUGCGAGCUAUUACGUGGAACUAAUCCAAACGAGGAUACGCGUGAGAGGUGGAUCAAAAAGGAGCGUAGAUGUCUCUGCCGCGAUCUCUUGGCGCCUGGAAUACAGUUUUCCCUUCGUACGCCACGCGCUAGACAUUUGAUGAACGACGACACGUGGCCUUAUAGUUUGAAUCGGCGAAGAAUAAAGAGAAAUAGGAAGAAGAUGUUCCUCGAUGGGCUAAGAAUCGAGCAAUGUCGUGUGUUCUCGUCUCUCAACGACUCAUUGUUGGAUCAAUGAAAUUAUAAUUUUGAUAGAAGACGAUAAAGAAAGGUUAAGAGUGUUCAGUUCCUUGUGGAUGAGAUGGAGAUGCCUCAUGUGGAGAGAUGACGAGUAUAUUUGAAGAAUCGAGGUUCGAGUUUAUCUGCCUUCGAUGUAUAAUAUAUUGUUCAUACGUAUUAUCAUUAGAUUAUUAAAUAAAUUAUAGAAUAAUAAUAUAUAGAAGAAUUGGUAUUGGUAAGAGACGUUUGAUCGUUCUUAUCGAAUUAAGAUUUCGAAAAUUAGAUCAGAUCCUAUUUAGAUCAAGAAAGGAGAUCGUUAUUUUUUUUUCAAAAAAUUAAAAUUUUGGAGAAUUUGAAAGAUUUGCAUCGAGAGAUCUCCGAUUGAGAAAACUUUAUUAUAAUUUUCGAAAGAAUUAAAAUUUUGAAAAUUAAAGUGAAAAGUCCUGUUUAGACAAAGAAAAUCUUCAAUCGAGAAGAGGUCGUUACGAAAACUGAACGUGGUCGAGUAAACGAAAGAAGGAUUAUUCCAACGAUCGAUAUCCAUUCUCUUUUGUCACAAGAUGUUUAAUCCUCGAUACGGUUCCUAAAAGGAUUUCCUCCUUGAUCAGUCCGCUCAUCAAGACUGAAUCUAAAAACCCAUCCAAAACGAAUCUAUUCCUAUCACGAGGAAUAGACAUAUCGAAAAAAAUCUCGGAAACAUAGAAAAAGAUCACGUAUAUCUGUACAUAUUUCUCCUCUCUCGCGGGAAAUCAUCGUCGAAGAAAGAGAAGACAAGAAAUCGUCUUAAACUAUAAGUUGCCUUUUCCACGUGAUUGGCUAAAUUCGUAACAAAACGUAAAUAAAUUCUUUAAUUUUACUUAAAUUCUAUUAUUAAAAUCACCAAAACUUCCACUUUAUUUCAGUUAAAUUUUAAUUAACAACUGAUUCUUUAAUCAAGCAUAAAUAAAUUCCAUUGAAGAUCAACAAUAUUAUCAAAAUAAGAAAGUAAAAAAAGAACGAGUCAUUUUGGUGAAGUCUCCUUGUAACUUGGCUAAGUUUAUAACAACUAAUUCACUAAAAACCAUUACAAAACUUCCAUUGGUUAAAUUCAUAAAAAUUGAUUCGUUCGUUAAUAAAUAAAUUCCACAAAUCGACUAAUAAAAUCACUAAAACUUUCGCUUCUUCUAUUAACAUUCAUACCAAAAUUUUUCUAUUAAGAAAAAUAAAUAUAAAUAAAUUUCAUCAAAUAAAAUCAAGAAACAAAAUACGAGAAUAAAGCUUCUUGGCAAUCUAACCUAACCAAGAUAACCAAAUUAACAGAAUUCUAUAAUAAAUUUUCUCUAAUCUACGUAAAUUCGUCUGUUCCACGAUCUAUAAACUCCGUAGAAGGAAAUUCUCCUUUAAAUCUUAAGAUUUAACGAAAUGAUGAAUCUCGAAGCGAGGAAAGAAUAUCACAUCACAAAUAUUUAACAAUUUCGAUACACCAUUACCAACACGAUUCUUUCAAACGCAACUGCAUAGAGGGAGACACUUAUCGAAAAUAGAGGAGGUUCGAGACAAGUGUAUCGAAAGAGCAAAUAAAGUAAAACAAUCGAUCGUGGAACGGAGAUCGAGAGAAGCAGCAAUCGAAGCAGGAAGUUCGUUGUUUCGUUCUCUUAGAAUUUUUCUACGAUUGAGUCGUUCCUUUUGUGAAGGAGGAUUAAAGGAACAAGGAUGCAAUCCAAGUGGAGAAUCGGAAGGAUCGUACCCUUUAACGGGAAGAAAUGAAGUUAUCAGUGUCGGCUUACAGAGCUCAGGCAAGUGCUCACAAGAAGAUCCUUUCCAACUAUCAGCAUCAGUUGAGUUACGGGGCCACCAAUCAGGCGUCCUCGGCCCGGACCCCCUCUGAUCCCGCGACGUUCCUUACUGGCUUCAAGGUGGAUCGUGCGGAGAACGAGGAGGGCCAGGGAGGGGGUGGUCUGUCGACGUCUUCGGCGGGCUGCAGCGGUGCUUCCGGUUCGAGGAUGGGCCCAGGGCCCGAUUCCGGUAGCAGUGCUCCCUCUUCUGUUCCCCACUCACUGGCGACGUCAAGAGACGACGAGGACGACGAGGACGAGGAAAGUAGCGGAAGACGUUCCAAUGGCCACACAGGAACGCGGUUAUCGGAGCUGUACCGUCGAGACACUUCCUCGAGCCAUGGAGAAUCGUUGGACAAGGAUGCAGCCGGUGUGAGCGCGACAUCGACCACUUCAGAGUCUUUGGAGAGCAAUGGCCUCGAUACCGAGAUACCAGCCGCUGCAAGAAGGCCUCGUAGCACUAGGGGCUCGCAAAAAUGGAGUAACGUACGCGCCGUCAUGGCGCUAUAUUCCUCUCUACGCAAGAUCAAGAGAACGAAGAGCAAUCAACGUUGGAUGAAGCUGCGCACCACCGUCCAAUUGUCAUCCGCCAUCUCGACGAUCCAGAAGAAACCCCCUUUGAAGCGGGAGGACUCGUUCCUGAAGAGGUUCUCGACCAGGCAGAUACCCGAGAGCCAGGAGACGUUGGACACGGGCGAGGGGGAGGGGGACGCGGCCGACGACAAGGACUCGAGCGGGAGGCGGCGAAGAAGGCCUCGAAGGCUGCAGAGGCCACCGAAAACCGUGGUCAACCCGGACGAGAACUUUUAUUAUUAUUGGCUUAUGCUUCUCUCCGGCUGCGUGUUGUACAAUCUGUGGACGUUGAUCGUGCGCCAAAGUUUGCCCGAGUUGCAGGCGGUCGCCCCGGCCACGUGGCUCGCAUGCGACGGUUUCACGGACCUCGUCUUCUUUCUCGACGUCGCCGUGCAAUUCCGUACCGGUUACCUUGAGCAAGGUUUGAUGGUGUACAACAGCAAGAAACUGGCAGGCCACUACCUCAAGUCGAAAUCGUUCGUGUUGGACCUGUUGGCCUUGUUGCCCCUCGACCUACUCCAGGUCAACCUGGGAAGCAACCCGAUGCUCAGGUUCCCGAGAUUUCUCAAGAUAUACCGGGUGUACAAUUAUUACUACAUGGUCGAGUCGAGGACGGUCUACCCGAAUCUGUGGCGCGUGUUGAAUCUGAUACACAUACUGCUUAUACUGGCGCACUGGUUCGGCUGCUUUUACUACUUGCUCAGCGAGGCGGAAGGAUUCCAAGGGGACUGGGUCUACCCGUACAGGCCGGGGGAGUACGCGACCCUGACAAGGAAGUAUCUCGGCUCGCUCUACUGGUCCACCCUCACCCUCACCACGAUCGGCGACCUACCCACGCCGGAGACCAACGCCGAAGUCGUAGCGGGCGGCAAUCCCCGGAGCCUCGCUCGUCGUGGCCGACUGUCCCGGCUUCUGCAGUUCAAGCAUAACGGAGGGUACGUCUUCACGAUAGUGAGCUACCUGAUCGGCGUCUUCAUAUUCGCGACGAUCGUCGGUCAAGUUGGAAACGUGAUUACCAACCGGAACGCGAAUCGGCUGGAAUUCGAGAGACUGUUGGACGGUGCAAAGACAUAUAUGAGACACCAUAAAGUACCGGGCGGGAUGAAGAGGAGGGUGCUGAGGUGGUACGACUACAGCUGGUCCAGGGGUAGGAUACAGGGUGGAGGUGACAUCAACACCGCUCUCGGAUUGUUACCUGACAAAUUGAAGACCGAAUUGGCGCUGCAUGUGAAUCUGUCCGUAUUGAAAAAAGUCACCAUAUUUCAGGAGUGCCAACCCGAGUUUCUUCACGAUCUAGUGUUAAAAAUGAAAGCUUAUAUAUUCACGCCUGGCGACUCGAUAUGUCGAAAGGGGGAAGUGGCUAGGGAAAUGUUCAUAAUAGCAGACGGGAUUUUAGAGGUGAUUAGUGAAACGGGAAGAGUUUUAACAACCAUGGAAGCUGGGGACUUUUUCGGUGAAAUUGGAAUUCUUAAUCUGGACGGAUUAAACAAGCGCACAGCGGACGUUCGCUCGGUGGGUUACUCGGAGCUGUUCAGCCUCUCCCGCGAGGACGUGUUGGCGGCCAUGAAAGAUUACCCAGAGGCCCAAGAGAUCCUGCAAAAUCUCGGGAGGAAGCGUUUGAUGGAGGCGCAGAAGGUUGCCAGGGCGUCCCGUCAGCCGACGUCCCCCGGCCACGACUCGUCCGACAACAGCACCGGGAAACGUAUCGUGGACAAGCUGAAGAGCGACGUGAAAGGGUUGAAAAACGCGUUGAGGAAGAGCAGGCGGAACACGAGGCCCGAGGAGAGCCUCGAGCUGCAACCGUUGACCCCGAAGGGGCCCGCGUUGAAACGGCAGCAAAAGGUGGACGACGGCCAGGACCACCCGUCGGCCUCGAGCGUUCAGGAGGCGCCUGUUUCCCCUUUGGGCGCGGGCUUGCCAUUGCUGGCCAGGCUGAGGCUGCUGAAGGAGAAGGAGGAGAGGGAAGAGCGUCGAAACCUGAUGGAGACCCAAGCUCACGCGCCCGAGCAACAGCAACCGGGCCAGCAGGAGGCGCAGAACCCCAUGAAUCCCAACUUGCCAUUUCUCCAGAGGAUUCUGCUGUUGAAGGCGAAGAGCGAUCAGGAGGCAAGGGAGGCGGACAAGGAGGCGCCCACCAAAGAACCCCUGCUCCCGAAGAACACGAGUAUACCGGAGGAGGAGCAGCAACAGCAACAACAGCAGCAGGAACAGCCGUCGAGACAAGCGGUCAAACCGAUCCAGAGGCAAUCCUCGGCACAAAGUGCGGUGGAGCAGAGCGUUAAGCGUUCGCCGACAAUUACGUCGAACGUGGCAAUGGAGAACGUAGUUGGCAAUGGGUCGAACGCGAAGAAUUCUUGGGCGAUGUUGAAGGACGCCUCGCUGACAAAUAAGGAGAACUCGCCUCAGAGAAGCCCACCGGCUAGGAGGCUGCAGUUGAGGCAGAGUUUGGUCCACAUAAGGCAACAGACGAAGAUGUACGCGUCCGUUGACGACCUUUCGCCCGAGUAUUGCGGCCUGCCGUUCGUCAAGAAACUGAAGAUACUUAACGAGAGGCAAAAGUUGGCGGAACUCGAGAAGGCGGUGAGAAGCUCGAGUUUGGAUUGCGGGGAGAACAACGAGAUCGAGUUCGAUGGGAACUUGACGAGAAGUCACUCGGAGGCUUGCGCCAUCGAGUACGCCAGGAAAUUGGAAAAAUUUAAUCAGAAUCGAAUGGCGUCGAUAUCCCCGACGGAGCAACUAUCGCCCGAGAACGAGACUCUGGAGAGGCGGAACCUGAAGAGCAUACUGAAAAAAUUGUCGGCCGGAAGUAGAACCGGAAGCUCGGAGACCUCGGCGACGAGCACGCCGGACCGCGAGGCUGCCACCGCCGAAUUGAGGAAAUUGAUGAGGGCACCGACCAUAGAGGGAUACGCGGCACGCCACUCGAAACUCUCGAAGAGCGUCACGUUUAACAAAUACACGCUUCAGAGCCCACCGUCCGAGCAGAUACCGGUUAAUUAUCCGAUUGGCUCUCAUUUGUCCGACACCCAAGAGCAGGCCUCACUGCCACCGCCCAAUAAACUCAGUUUCCGUCCUUUGGGCAGCGGAGGUAUCCUGCAAAUGGUAUCUCGGCCACGAGAAGAGGAAUACCUGGGAGAGUUGGUGUCUGGUAUCAAAGAGAUCGUUAAGGGUCGUCUGGAGGAUAUCCAGACCAAGUUCGAACGGCAGUUCACCUCGUUGGAGCUAGAGAUUCGCAAGCGGGACGAGAUAAUAUCCCAGCUCCAGGCAAGGAUAUUAGAGCUGGAGCAAAGGGAGUCGCGGAACGCGGACGAGUCCGUAGGCGACAGCACGGAGCACGACGCCUCGUUGGAGGAGGACCUGGACGACGACCGCGAGGACCAUCCUUUCAUGAGGGACGGUUCCGUGGACACCGUUCUGACCACCCAACCCCGCUACAAGCGUUCCUCGCCGUCCACCGAGUCCAGUUCCCAGAACAGGAGAUCGUGGGAGGAGCACUCGGAGGAGGAGACGUUGGAGCUCCAAGAGUUGCCCAGCUCGAUCGUUCCUCAACCACUGUGGAAGGACGACGUGGCGAUCGACUUCGAGUCGAACAGCGAGAGCAGCAGAUCCGAGGACGACGAGUUGGACGACAGAGCGGCGAGGGACAGCGAGAACGACGGGGACGACGACGAGGAGGCGGAAGUGAGGAGGCAAGGGCGCAACAACUGGGAGGUGGCGAUGUUGGCGCAAGAGUUGGAGGCGAGGCGGAGGAGUAGCGAGGACGCGAACCCGGGCUCCUAGCGCAUUAACGAGAUCCUAGACGUACUGUGUUACCUCACGAGCACGUUGCACACGGAGGGCUGGUGCAACAGCAGGCCUGCCACCGCUGCUCGAAACGCAGCCCUAUGCGAGAACGAUUGCCCUUACCUACAGUUAGACAGCAUGACCAGUUGUAGGGAGACGAUGAUGUGAGGGAUCCGUUCCUUGUAUUUUCUAUGAUUCGCCAAGAGAUUCUGUGGGCCAAUCUAAUAUGAUCAUCCUCGCGAGAUGAGGUUAAUACACGCGUAACAACAGUCGGAUUUAUGCGUGCGUUUAAUCGUAUCGCGAUCGAACUCCCUCUCUGUGUACGUAAUAUAAGAGAGAUGCCGGUUUUGAGAAGAGUGUGUAGAGAUUUGGGAUGUUGUUUAAUUCUUAAAUACAAGAUGUUUGUUUUAGUAUAUUUUUUUUUUUCAAGAUAACGAUUUGAAAAAUUUGUACAUACGGAAAUGUCUAUUGAGGCUUAUUUGUUAAGUUAACUCAUUCGAGAGCAUACCAAAAAUCGAAGAGGAUUUUUGAAAAAUACGAUCAAAAAUGCAAUGAAAUUUAUUAAUAUUGACAAAACAAACAAACGUACAUUGAACGUGUAUAUGGAAAGAAAUAUGUGGGAAAUUCCUUAUUUUUUUUUUUAGAAAAGUUCAUGACGCGAUGUCAAAACCGCCAUAGAAUAGAAAAUGCGUCUCAUGACGCACAUAUUGCUGCUCUCGAAUGUGUUAACAACAUGUGUUAGAUGAAUCGAGAGGGAUAUAAAAAUAAUUCUAUUCGCUUCAUCUAAAUUAAAAUUUGUUAUAAUUAGACUGUGGGUAUUUGUGCAAAUUAAAAUAUUUAUGAACAUAAUUAUAAAAAUUGAAGUACUUUGCUUUGAAUAUUUUUGCAUAUCAUAUGCAUUCUAUAGAUUUUUCGUGCAUUUAAAUGCGUAAAAAUCUACAGUCUAUUUAUAAUUUGAAAAAUAA